AUUACCUCUUAUUCUUGAUUACAUGUCCAGCAAUGAGUCAGAGUGACAUGGACCUCAGGGAGCAGUGCUUCCUCGAUAUCUCUGUCCAUGACGUUCUCUAUUACGAUGGGGUACCGGCCGUCGAGCCCUGGGCGACCAUGUAUAUCGAUGGCCUCCGCGAAAAAAGGUUCGGCGAUGCAAUUUGGGCGCGCUAUCAGAUUUUCGGAGAUGUGGAAGAUGGUAUAAUCGACGGAAGGCUGACUGUGCUCGAGGCUAUUGAAGAGGAUGCGGUCGGAUAUAAGAAGAAUGCGCCGGAGGCGUUUGAUGAAGCCGUGGCCUUCUACAAGAGUCAUUCUAACAGUUCGGACGGACAUCCCGAGGUUAUCGAGAUCAUCAUGCAGAUUGACCGAGAAGAUGUCAGCGAUAGAUAUUUCCCAGAGGGCGGUUAGAGGUUCAACUCAUCACAUCUUAUAAUUCACAGACAGCCAAGAUCUAAUGCCAAAGGCGAUUUUUUCUC